UUUGAAGAACAUGUUCCGGGAAGAUGGCAUUUCAAAAAUUCCGCGGAAGCCAAGCUCUCCAAAAACAGAUUCAAUCGGGGAAACGACUGGUCGAACAAGCUGGUGUAGGAAACAUCAAAGAUGUUAAAGAAUUACUCGACGGAGGUUUGUCUGUCAAUGCCCGAGAAUACACGAAAGAUCUGUUUUAUUCGUCACUGAAUUUCAAGUCCCCUCUUCAAAGUGCGGUGAAAAAUGGCCAUAUCGACGUUGUAAAUAUUCUGAUCGAAAAUGGAGCGGAUCUUGACUUUGAAGACAGAUAUGGAAUUACAGCUCUGCACAUCGCCGCGGAGGAAGGACAUUUCCAAUGUAUGAAGUUGCUUUUAGACAAUGAAGCAGAUCCUAAUAAAGGCACCAAAACACCAAAAUGGUGCCCAAAUGGAGAGUCUGAAUAUGUUGGCGAUACAACUCCAUUGCAUUUAGCCGUGCAGAACAACCGGAUACAUUGUAUCAAGGAACUCAUUGUUAAUGGCGCUGAUUACAAUAAAGUUAACGAAUUAGGUGAGACAAGUCUAAACAUAGCGGCAACAUUGGGGCUAGAAGAAUGUGUUACCAUACAGCUUCGUAACGCAAUCAGCAAAGAUAUUCUCUCUUUACCUACUAAAAAAACAGGGAACACCCCACUCCACUGUUGUGUGCUCCAUGGCAUGUAUGAUGCAGUAGAUCUCCUAUUACAGCAUGGCUCUGAUGUUAAUAUACUAAACAAUGCAGGAGUCUCCCCUUUACACCUUGCUUGUACUCUGCAGUGUUCUAACUUAGAGAUUCUAGAGCUUAUGCUGAAGAAAGGGUUCGAUGUUAAAGUGGAUGUACCCGAUAUAAGAGGCAAUACACCUCUCAAGUAUGCAACUAUUGGAUCACAUCUCGUCGAAAAAACAAAUCGAGAUCGUCAACCUAAAUUAGCUGCUCUUCUCAUAGCUUAUGGAGCUGAUUAUCGCAAAGUUCAGGACCGCAGAUAUUCAAAUUUACUUGAGCAUGAACUGAGAUGCGAAACAAUGGAUGAUAUGAUUCUCCAGGCUAUUGUGCAAUCAGAGGUCAACAUUCCAGCUUUAGAGACGAUUGUGAACACGAAUACACCGCUGACUCAGUAUCAUAAUCAGUCACAACCAGCACAACCAGGGGGAACACAAAUGAACUCCAAUCCAAUGGUACGUCUCAAUCAACCAAAUAUGCCCCCAAAUCAGCAAAGAGAUCACAAUUCCCUCAUGCAGAUGUUAUCAUAUGGUAGUGUUCAUAGAGCAGUUAGGCUGCUACAUUCUGCAGGCUAUCCAGGUCCUGCUGCAGAUCUCAGAGCUUAUAUGGCUGGACUAAACUUUAUUCCACAUCCGUCAAGUGAUUCAGCAGCCGCCCAAGUAAUACUUCGACAAAAUGGUCUUCCUGAGUUAGCGCAAAUUCUCCAAUUUCAUGACGAUUUCCAAUCACAUGGGAUAAACAGUGCACAGCGUGUGCCAAACCUACCUUUGGCUACUCAUGGGCAACCACCUGUACCAGCCAUUGCGCCACCUAUAUAUAGACCUGUAUUAGACUCUGAUUCGGAGGAUGAGGGAUUAGUGGACCUUUGUGAUUUUGGGCAAGCAAUUGGUGGUCAAGGUAAUCAGAAUGGACAAGCCAUGGGUGGUCAGAAUGGGCAAGCAAUAGGAAUCCAGAAUGGGCAAGCAAUGGGUGGUCAGAAUGGGCAAGCAAUAGGAAUCCAGAAUGGGCAAGCAAUGGGUGGUCAGAACGGGCAAGCAAUAGGAAUCCAGAAUGGGCAAGGAAUGGGUGGUCAGAAUGGGCAAGCAUUAGGAAUCCAAAAUGGGCGAGCAAUGGGUGGCCAGAAUGGGCAAGGAAUGGGUGUUCAGAAUGGGCAAGCAAUGGGUGGCCAGAAUGGGCAAGCAAUAGGAAUCCAGAAUGGGCAAGCAAUGGGUGGUCAGAACAGGCAAGCAUUAUUAAGAAUCCAAAAUGGGCGAGCAAUGGGUGGCCAGAAUGGGCAAGGAAUGGGUGGUCAGAAUGGGCAAGCAAUUGGUGGUCAGAAUGGGCAAGCAAUAGGGGAUCAGCAUGGGCAAGCAAUAGGUGGUCAGAAUGAACAACCAAUGGGUGGUCAGAAUGGACAAGCAAUGGGUGGUCAAGGAAAUCAAAAUAGGCAAGCAAUGGGUGGUCAAGGGGAUCAUGUUUAUAUGGAUCAAGAUGACAUCUUUAUUGAUGCAUUGCUUUCAGUUUCCCAUGGAAUUAAUCCUGGUGUACAUAAACUUCCGGAAGCCACAUAUCUUCGUGAAAAACAUGAAUGGUACAAAAAUGUAACACAAUCGCCAUUUUCUCUGCACCAUUACUGUCGGUACACAAUUCGUAAAUCUAUGGGAGCUUCCAGAUUACGACGUGUGAGUGAUUUAAAUUUACCACCAACACUUUCUGGAUAUAUACUUCUGCAGGGUGAGGACCUACGAUUAUAG